AUGGCUGAGAGCAUACCCUACCCUGAUGCCAAGAAGCCAGGUAACGCCGUCAAUCAGGAAACAAGGAACGAGUGGUGCGCGACGAGCCACGCGCAGAGUGGCUGCGGCUCCUUUGAAACGGGUGCGGCGCGCGCCGGCGUCCAGAACCCGUUCCCGCCGCCGCCACCUCCGCCGCCGCCGCCGCCGCCGUCUCCGUCUGGGAGCCGCGCUGCACAAAAAACGGCCCGGAAGAGCGCGCGGCGGCCGCUCGCGACCCGCGCUGAAAGGGUUGCGGCCGCCUCCGCCGCCGCCCCCGCCAGGUGUGUGCCUCUCGCAGUAUCAUUCCGCUGCGAAGAAGAGAAACAAGCGGUGGGCGGCGUGUUUGGCCUGCCAGCCAUCUCGGUGGGCGGCAAGUGGCGCACCGUACGCCGGGUCACGCCGGCGUGGGCGACGCCACCAUCCGUCAACGUCGGGCGCUGCCUAAUAUCAUCAUUACACAGCUCCAUGAUUUAUCUGCUGCCGUGGGAAGAGCGCACGGGGUGGCUCUCCCACAAGGCAGCUGGGCCAGAAACUCGACCCCCGGAUCCGGAGAGGGCACAGCUGACCGGCACGGCGCUGUGGCGGCGGACGCACUUUGCCGCCGUCUUGUCUGGCCGAACAAAACGACGGGGCGGCGGUUGCGGCGGUGGCGGUGGCGGUGGCUGGGACCUGCGUCCGGGCAUUCCAGCGGCGCACGUGCACGUGCACGCGACGCCGGGGCCCGGAAGAGGCCGUCAUAAGCCGUCAGCCGCAUUCAGGCCGCAGCUGCGGGGCUUUGCCCGGAGCGGGUGGGGCGCCAGGGGCACCGGCUGCCCCGCGGCGUCUGGCCGCGCUCUCCGCCCGGCCCUGCUCAGGGGCUGA